AUGUUGAUGUUUGUGCGACGCUCAGAACAGAAUCCCGACGCUGAGGAACAGGGCUUCUCGGCCUCUCUGCUGCCACCUGGGGUGCCCGACAUCGAUGUGGCCGACCUUGAGCAGCCCCAGAUGUGCGCUCAGUAUGCACAGGAGAUCGACUACAUGGCACAGCUUGAGGUGCGUGUGUUGCACCACGACGCAGCAUACAUCAGUGCAUACCAAGUGGCCUGUGCAGCCAAAGUUCCUUCAGCUGCAGCCGGUGGUGAUACCCGAAAUGAGGCCAUCCUCAUCAACUGGAUGAUGAUGGUGCACCAGCGUUUCCAGCUGCUCCAAGAAACAUUGUUCCUGGCCGUCUCACUCACCGACAGAUUCCUGCAGGCAGCAAGGGUUAACCUGGUGUAA